AUGCGAUUCUCCAUCACUGCCGCUGCUACUUUCGUUGCUUACGCGCUGGCCGCCCCCAUUGCAGCUCCCGAGGCCGAGUCCUCUCCCGCCGAUGGUGUGUUGGCUAUCUCUCUUGCCCAUGAUGCUCCUCUGGAAGCCUCCAAGAUCCCCAACUUUGCCGCUGGUGACAAUGUCAUCUCCAUCGAGAUGAUCAACGAGGUCAUGUCCUACUAUGUCAACAUUGAGCUUGGUGGCCAGAAGAACAAGGUCCACAUUGAUACUGGCUCCCAGUUCCUGUGGGUGUGGAACUCCCAGUCCCAGACCUGCCAGUCCGAUCAAUACAAAGAUCAGUGUGCCACUGACGGUUCUUACGACCCCCGAAAGUCCUCGACCUCCAAGGAUCUCGGCAGCACUUUCCACCUCCAAUACGGUAAGGGUCACGCCGACGGAGAGUACUACUCCGACACUGCGGCUGUCGGAGCCGCCAAGGUUAACAAGCUCAAGUUCGGUGUUUCUCCCGACUACGUGAACGAUGGUGGCUUCGGCACCGUCUUCGGUAUUGGUCCCAACCCAGACAACGACUCUUCUUUCACCAAGCAGCUGGUGAACGAUGGCGUCACAAAGCGACAGGUCUAUGGCAUGUCCUUUGGUGAGCCCGGCGACCAGUCCACCUCCGAGAUCACCUUCGGUUCUAUUAACACUGGUCGAUUCGAGGGUAACCUCGAGAAGCUCCCCAUCAAGAACGACGGCCACUUUACCGUCAAGGGUUCUGGUAAGAUUGGUGACACCCAAUUUAUCUCUAACGGUGACAUCAUUCUCGACUCUGGAACUUCCAUCACAUUCCUCGAGAGCCAGAGCUACAAUUCUUUUAUUGAUGUGGUUCGAAAAUCUGGCAUCCAGCUCUAUCCCCAAGGUCGGGGUCUCAACGCUUUCUUGUGUUCUGACGCUUCCAAGGCUCCCGAUACCACUUUCACCUUUGGAAACAAGGAGAUCAAGAUUUCUCUUCGAGAGUUCAGCAUCCAGGCCAGCGUCAUCAGCUCUCAGAACUCCGCCUCGGUCUGUCUUCUCGGUGUUGCACUGGGUGAUGGAUCUAUGAACCUGUUCGGAGACACUUUCCUGCGAUCCGUCUACUCCGUUUACGAUCUUGAGCGAAGCGAGGUUCACAUUGCCCAGGCCAAGCGAGGCCAGAGCAACAACUACAAGGUGGUCACUGGUGACGUUCCUUCCAAUUAA